AUGGAAGUUGUGGAUUCAGAAAGAAAAGAAGCCUCGUCCCUGAGGCCUCAACUGAUGCUUCACGACCUCAAGAACUUCCUCGCAGAUGUCGACAGGAGGAACAUCACCUCGUCCUUGGGUGAUGUUGGAAGCAUUCACCGAGAAGCUUAUGGUAUCUUUAAGAAAGCAUUUUUAUCUCAUAACUAUUUAAAUGAAGAGCUGUUUUACGGUGAUUGGGUACACUCAAGUGAGAUAGAUGAAGACCACAUCAAUAUGCUAAAGGAUAUCGGACUGAAAAUUAUACAAAAAUGUGGUUUCUUACCAGUUGCCAUUAAAGUAAUGGGAGGACUCUUGCGUGAAAGAGGGGGGCUACGGCAUGACUGGCAGCAGGUUUUGGAUGAUUCUAAAUGGUCAACAACUAAAAUGCCCGAUGAGCUCAACCACACGGUAUACUUAAGCUAUGUAUAUAUGCCUUCCUACCUGAAGCAGUGCUUUCUGUACUACUCUCUUCUUCCUAAAAGUAGAAUUUUUACUAUGGAUGAAGUUGUUGCAAUGUGGAUUAGUGAAGGAUUUAUUCAUGGAAAUUCUAAUGAUUUAGAAGAAUUGGGAACAAAUUACUACAAGGAGUUGAUAUCUAGGAACCUUAUAGAGCCAGAUAAAGCGUAUGCUCAUAUAUGGGUUUGCAGCAUGCAUGAUGUUGUUCGCUCAUUUGCUCAGUAUAUGACUAAAGAUGAAGCACUCGUGGCUCAAGAUGGAGACAAUGAUAUUCUUUCUAAACUUAGUUCACAAAACUUUCUUCGGUUGUCCAUAGAAGCUAACCAAUCACAAUCAGGUGAACUUGAUUCAAAAUCUCUACAGGUGCAGAAAUCAAUGAGAACAUUGAUCUCAACUAUCCAGAUUAAGAUGAAGCCUGGUGAUUUAUUGGCUACUUUUUCUAGUUUGCGGACUCUGCAUAUGGAAUCUUCAGAUAUGGCUGUAUUGCUGGAAUUGUUGCAUCAACUCAAGCACCUGAGGUAUCUAACACUAGUAAAUGCGGAUAUAUCUGUACUUCCAGGAAACAUUGGCAAGAUGAAACUGUUGCAAUUCCUUGACCUUCGUGGAUGUACAAGAUUGGUGAAUCUUCCUGAUAGCAUUGUGAAGCUUGGCCAGUUGAGGUUCCUUUCACUUCCCGAAGCAUGUAUGGUACCUAGAGGGUUUAGUGGUCUGACAAAUAUGAGGAGACUACGUAUGUUUCGAGCCCACAUGGAUGGUGAUUGGUGCAGUUUGGAUGAGUUGGGUCCUGUUUCCCAACUCAGACUUCUUGGAUUAACUGAAUUAGAGAAUGUAUCUGCUACCUCGUUUGCUGCUAAUGCUAGGCUCAGCGAGAAGAUGCAUCUUAUCAGGCUACUCCUGCACUGCACCAGUAGAUUGGGAGAUGAUGUGUUGGUCAAAGAGAAGGAUGGUGUCUCUGAGGAAGAGCAACAACGAAUUGAGAAGGUUUACGAUAAGCUCUACCCUCCACCUGGUGUAGAAGUUCUUCAAAUCAAGGGGUAUUUUGGCCGGCAACUCCCGAGCUGGAUGAUGUCCACAUCAGUGGUGCCCCUCAACAACUUGAAGACUAUAUUGUUUCAUGAUCUGGCUUGUUGCGCACAACUUCCCAAUGGGUUGUGCCAGCUCCCCGGUCUGGAGGUUCUACAGGUCUCUCGUGCUCCAUGCAUCAAACAUGUGGGGACUGGAUUCUUGCAUGCGGCAACAGCUUCAUUUCCAAGGUUAAAUGAAAUGAUCUUGUAUGGAAUGGUGGAAUGGGAGGAGUGGGAGUGGGAGGAGAAAGUAAAAGCCAUGCGCCGUUUGAAGAAGCUUGUGCUCAAAAAAUGCAGACUGAGGCAUGUUCCUCCAGGCCUUGCAUCCAAUGCAAGCUCAUUGAAAAUAUUAUGUCUACAACAUGUCAAGUACCUCAGCUACAUUGAGAGCUUUCCUUCUGUUGUUGAGCUUACAGUGAAUGGAUGCCCUGACCUGGAGAGGAUCACCAAUUUCCCCAAUCUGCAGAUGCUUACCAUCGUGAACUGCCCAAAGUUGAAGGUGCUGGAGCAGAUUGCUUCACUCGAGAGGCUGAUCCUGGAGGAUUACACCAUGUUAAAACUCCCAGAAUACAUGCGAGACAUAAAGCCAAGGCAUUUCCAGCUAUUCUGCAGGCUAUGGUUGCUCUCUUCGAUAGCCGCGGGACAAUCUGGCACUGAGUGGGACAAGUUCAGCCAAGCGGAGCAUGUCAAGGCAUAUGCACGUGAUGGAGACAACUCAAGAAAAUGGUAUGUUUUGUACACGAGAGGAGACAACUGCAAGUUGGAUUCAAAUAUUAGCAGCUCUACCAUAUUUGAAGAAACCUUAUCAUCUUCUAUGGUGGAUGCACAAGGAUUUGACUCUCUGUACAAAAUGAGAAGUACCUUCAGUUACGUCUGCAACUUGGUGAGGAUCCCAUUUUUGGAAGAUAUGAUGGCAAGGGACCACACCUUUGUUGAUGGGAGAUUCCUGUCUUUGCAAGAUAGAGUAGCUGUCGCUCUGAGGGUACUGAACAACAGUAGCACGACCUCAUCAGCAAUUUCCACAUAGGUUUGGAAGUUGGAACAAAUCAAAAACUGCAUCGCCUGGAUGAACAAGGCAAUUUGAUGGUGUGAGGGUACAUCCUGUUUGAAGACAUGCCGGUUGAUGUUUGCGCUCAAGAUCUUGUCCGCA